AUGGGCUUUUCAGUUGUUAUCUCUUGGAUCUGCCUCGACGACUUGCCUUUCUUCACCAUUCUGGCCCUGUCGCUCUCCCUUUCUCUCUCGUCUGGGGGCAUUCCUUCGACGUUCCUCUAUGUUCUCUGCUGCGAAUCUCGUACAUAUGUUUCACAUGCGCUUUGGGCACUGGUGAGAUGCCCUCCGGCAGCAUCUCCUUCUUCGACCUGA